AACACAGCUAUCUCACUGGACUCUGUGCACCUCUUGCUAAGUGUCAUCUGGAUUUCUGAGCGUUAACAACAAAAACUUCUGGUCUGCAAUGAUGAUCAAGCAGGGAAGCCUUACCAUUGCUGCAAUAUUGCUGCUUGGGUAUGUGGGACCAAGUCAACAAGAAACACCUUGUGAUAAACCUUACCACGUUCAGGAAUGGACUCAGUGGUUUGAUAGAGAUAACCCUUCUGGAAGUGGAGAUUGGGAGGACCUCAGGUCCCUUCGCAAGGAGAAUCCUGGAAAGAUCUGCCGUGACCCAAGAGAUAUAGAGGCUGUGACUCUUUCCGGGCUUAGUGUCAGUCAAACCGGGGACAACAUUUAUCGAAAUGAUCUCAAAACUGGAUUCGUCUGCAGAAAUGAGGAUCAACGUGGCAGGGAGUGCAAUGAUUAUAAAGUUCGAUUCAGCUGUGGAGCAAAAUCCUGUGAUAAUGUGUGCUGGACCAAGUGGUACAAUAGAGACAGUCCCAGUGGAAGUGGAGACUGGGAGGAUCUGAGUGCCCUGAUCAGAGAAAACCCAGGAGGAAGCCUUUGUUCUAAACCUAAGUAUAUUGAGGCUGUUACGGUUGAUGGAGAGAUCCCAGCUAUCAGAACAGGAGAAAGCUUCCAUGCCUACAGUCCCACCAAGGGGUUAAUUUGCCGCAAUAAAGACCAGAACACAGGCCGCUGCAGCAACUACAAAGUUCGCUUUGGAUGCUACUGUCGUUCAGUUUCAAGCUAAGGCAUCAGAAAAAUGUUAAGUGAUGUUUAAGUCCACCUCUGGGAAUACAGAGAGAAGAAACUAAUGUUAUGCAUUAUUUCUGAUACUCCUUGUUUGGUUUCAAUUGUAUCCUCUUAAAACAAUUAUUUCGGGUUGUUUUUCUUCAACAUGUGCUGUGACUUGUUGGUUAUUGCUUUCUUUUUAAAGAAAAUGUGAGGUGGGAAAAGGGCAAUAUGUGUAUUGUCUAUUUUAAAGUGACUAUGAACAUUUUAAAUUUAUUACUUUCAAAAAUCUAUGGCAAAUAAAAAUUAUCAUAAACAGCAAA